CGCCCGUUCAAAGGUGCCAGGCCCUUAUCACACCGCCUAUUUACUUGCAGCCGCCUGCUCAGCAAAACAGCGCCCUCAUCUUUCACCCAACUCUGUCGCGACUGUGUCGCGUUUGCACCGCCUGUUCGAUUACCGAGGCCAGCGGUGGGUGGGAGAGAAGACAAGGAAAAACCCCAUUUUUGGUGACUGCGUUUCCUCCCCUCCCCGUUUCCAGUGUUUAUUCCCCUCCCCCUCCCCCCGCCCCAGCUACCAGUAAGCCGAAGAAAGGGAAGGAGAGAGCGAGAGAAACCAGAGCCAUGGCGCUGCUCUUUUCCGCCAUCCGCGUGCUCCUGGGCCUUUUCUUUUCCGUCUGCGGGGUCGUCAAGCUGACCGAUCGGAUUUCAGGCGAAGUUUAUGAGCAGCUGGUGAGCGGCAAUCGGGGUGUGCAGGGGAAGGGAAAACGGUUUAGCAAUGGCUUUUUUUUGGGUGCGUGGGGGGAAGAAAGGGAAGCGUGCAAAGGAGCCCUCCUCCGCUUUGCUAUGCAAUUUGUUGCAACUGGGUGUGGGCGAAGCUGCGCAGAGGCUAUUAAAACCAAAAAACACCCCUCUUUAUUCCCCACUGGUAUUAAAUCGUGCAGCCGAUCCUUCAUGCGUGCUUGCCCGGAAUAAAGGCUUAUUACUCCCGAGGAAGCACGCGUUUACUCGCAAGGAAGCGCCAGUUAGUUCUGCGGAGGGGAGGGGGAAUCCCUCGCCUGGCCGAUUCCCGGGACACGUUCUUUAAGCAGAGACAAAACGUCGCGGGGUUUUACGGGAGGGAGGAUGCUCACUCUUCACUCAGUGGACGGAUUUACUUACGAAUAUACGUGCCAGAUUUGCACGGUUCAGAGCCUGGUCGUUUAUACUCGGAAGUACGUCGCCUAUUGGAUCCAUCGGGGCUUUUAUAAAAGCCCGCGUGUGCAUUGCCUUUGGCGCGUUAGGCUGCAAUCCCGUGCACGUUUACUUGGGAGUAAGCCCCCUCUCAUCCGUGAACAAAGUGGAGCAUACUUCCGAAUGCACUUGCAUAGGAUCGGGUUGGGCACGCAGAGCAUUGCAAUCCUGUUAGAGACGACAGACAGUUGUUUAUCGUUUUUGCAGUGUCCGCCCAACAAUAAUGCUUCUGCAACUCUUAAUCCCGCCUGUCGGAUUUGAUAUAAAUGCGCGCGCGGUGUGGACGGGCUUUUAACAGUUUUGGAGCGAAAUCUGUGAUUUGGGGAUUACUUGUUGGCUAUUUUGCCAUCGCAGAACCACAGAUUAUUCGAGUAGGUUUAGAUGAAUCGGUUUUUGUCCAAAUCUGACAUCUCCGCCCUCUCCUGGCUGUCUGCUGAAACAGUUUUUUGUUUUGGCGCGAAUCGGGUUGGGGUUUGAAUUUUGUGAGCCUUUUCCGUUUCACUAGUCGAGUUUGGCGGGAAUUCAACAGAAAAGAAGAAAACUCUAGCCAGUACCUCCCCAAACCAGAUUCGCUUGGGUAAACAUGAACUUAUCAAAUGCUGCCUCCUGAUAAUUGAUUCAGUUGUACAAUAGUGUGAUUAGUCUAUUUAUUGAGCCUGCCAUUAAAAAAAUAUAUAUAAGGAUGGACUCAGAAAGCCAAAAAGGUUGUAAUGUGCAAUUCAGAAAAACAAAUAUACGGAACGAUAUCUAAAAUAGUUUGGGGUUGGAUUGAAGAGUUUCAUUCUGGACCUCUCUAAGCCUGUGACUUUAUAGCUGCAACAUUUCCCCACCCAGUGGCUGGAGGGGAUGUCACCAAGAUGUCUGCAUUCUUGCAGGUGGAAAGACACAAAGGUUUGACUUGCUAUCUGUGCUGAAUCCAAAGCAUUGGCCUUGGUGCCACCCCAAACCUAAAAGGGGAGCUGGAUCACGUGUGACUCUUCCACUUUAAGUUCGGCCUGUAUAUGGGUGUACAUAAACCCACUGCCAUGUGUACCACUGCCGCUUUCGGCCUCUCUGAAAACGCUUGAGUAAUGAGAUGCAGCUUCAUGAGGGAUGGAAGGAUCUGGCCAUGUCGGUUCUCUCAUUUCUCAUUUUUGCAGUCUUAAAUUCAGUUCUCUACAUUUCUGCAGCAAUCAUUCAUUUUAUUUUUAAUCCUCAUGAAAAUUAUUUAUAAUUUUCAUACAGAUUGCUACUAAUAAACAUAUUAAUGUAUUCAGUUUACUAAUAGGCACAUUUUUGCAAAUUCCUCUAAUAUAAUUCAUUUCUGCAUGUUAUUUUCACUAAUACAGUAUAUCGGUUUGAAUGCACACUUCUCUCUAAUAUGUGUCUGUUGAAAAGGUGUCUGUUCUGCCAGGUCUGCGCAGGCAAUCAAGAAUGCAUCCUUCCACAGUGUUUAAUUAUCACUGUUUUUAUUUUUUAUGGCUUUAUUGGAUGGUUUUUAUUACUCUGGGAUAGCUCAGUUGAGACUCUUAAUAUCAGGGUUGUGGGUUCAAGCCCCAAAAGAUUCCUGCAUUGCAGGGGGUUGGAAUAGAUGAUCCUAGUGGUUCCUUCCAACUCUAUGAUUCUAUGAUACUUGUAUACCAUAUGAUUCUGUGGGGACACGCUUGCACCAUUUUGUGGCCCUGUCACUUUUUCUGCUCUUUUUGAUGUGGCAGACAUUAUGCCCCCCCAUGGCAUCCAUUUUGUGUUAUGCCAUGUUCCCGUGGCAUCCAUUUUGUGACCAGUGCCCAUAACUUUCUCAACAUUCCAGGUGUGCCAACUAGCUCAAAAUAGGUUGGUGCCCUCUUGAUCUAGAGCAGUGUUUCUCAGCCUUUGGGUCUCCUGCUGUUGUUGGACUACAACUCCCACCGUCCCUGACCACUGGUCCUAGCUAGGGAUGACAGGAGUUGUAGUCCCAACAACAACUGGGGACUCACAUUUGAGAAACAUGGACCUAGAGAGUAACUUGGAGGAGCCAAGUACUCACUGGAAAAGGAGGGGCACCUGCCAUUCACCCCUUUGCAGCCAUCUCACUCAUGGACCCACUUCCUAUUUCUGGGGAUGUUUGCAAGGUGGGGUAACCACUAAACCACCACCCAUUUAACUCUUUACACUUAUCAAUUUAUGGAUUUAUUAUAUUUAUAUCCCACCUUUCCUCCAAGGAGGUCCUAGGUGGGCACCCUAAACACUACACCACACUGGCGCUUUUUAAACUCUUCUCUCUAUUCCAGAAAUCGCAAUUUGUGCAGUUUGCCGACGCCUUUCCUCUGAAGGAGUUUGGCUACAAGCCAGAGCCGAUCCAGUACCUGGAAACUGUGGGCUGGAUAGAACUGGCGGCUGGUUUGCUCAUGGCCUUUGGGCCUCAGCUGCUGCAGGAAAUCAGCAAUUUUGUGCUCACGAUCGUCAUGAUAGGUAAGAGCUGUGCAGGGGUCGGCUGUUUCCCUUCUGCAAGGUAGAGAGGGGCUGCUGGAACGUAGGAAGCUGCCUUUGUAUAAGUCAGACCAAUGGCCCUUCUAGGUCAGUAUUGCCACUCUCCAGGCCUUCAGGCAGGAGUCUUUUCCCAGUGCUCCCUGGAGAUGCCAGGGACUGAACCUGGGACCUUUUGCGUGCAAAGCAAAUGUUCUGAAACUGAAGUACAACUGUUCUUCAGGAGCUGAAGUCUGGCUGAAGGCCCUCGUUCUUGAGUGUUUCUGAUCUCAACUGCAGAUGAGGCUGUAUUGGGGCUGAAAGCAACAGUGUGUUUUGUUUUUCAAGUGUAUGCUUAUAAAUAAUGGGUGUCAGCCAUAUUGGUUUUAGGGUUAAACAUAGUAUAUCACUUUGGUCAGGAAUGGGGUACCUGUGACCCUAUAGAUGCUGUUGGACCUCAACUCCCAUUGGCCAUGCUGGUUGGAGCUGAUGGGCUUUGGAGUCUGCCAACAUCUGGAAUUAUUCUCUGGCUUUAGUAAAAGCAGAUUUCAGUUCAGCAGGUUCAACUGUGUUACAGAAGCAUAGAAGUCUGCAUUUUUCGCACAUAGCUUCAAAACCAAGGAAAUCCCUCUUAUUACUUGAGUUUCAGCUCUGUCCUACCUCAUAAAAUUGUUUCUAAGGUAUUCAGUUGAUCUUGCUUGGGAAGCAGUGCUGCCUCAGUGCAGAGAUGCUUGCUUUUCGUCUGCUCAACCUGUAAUUUAAAAAAAUAAAAAGGACAAAUGGCACCAUUUUCUCUCCUCACAAGGAAACUGGCUUGUAAUGUAGCUCUUUAGUCCCUAUUAUUUACAUGUUGAUGUUUUAUUUGGUUACAAAUAGUAAACGUGACUCUAUUAAAAGCUGCCCAACUUCUGCGCAUGACAAAGUGUGAGUCUGUUUGUGCAUGUUCCAGUAGGGGGCACCAGAAGCUAAUUAGUUAUCCAUGUUGCUUGCUAAUUAAGCCACUGCUUUGCAAAAGUUCCUCACGUCAACUGGGAAAUUCUAUUUUUAUUCAAGACCCUGACCUUAAUUAAUGCUACGCACACUCGUCUUCAUGAUGAUACCAACCGCCUGGAACCUUUUAAAAAAUUAUUAUUACAGAUGUACCAUUUUCCUAGUUUUGGGUAAUUGACUACUGAUAUAAUCACUCCUGGCUCCCUUAAAGCUGCAUUUGGAUUUUAUCAGGCCCCUGAGUUCCUCUGGGUAAAACUGACUGAAGGAGCAGGAGAUCUAGUCAGAGGGUGGUGGUGGUGAAGGGAAAGCUGGACAGCAACUGGGUGAAGCUGUUUUGUAUAUCAGGACUGGCAAACAGAAGGAUACAUUUUUCUUCUAUACAUCAGCAUCAUUGUGCGUAUGAUGUUUUGCAGAGUUUCAUGUGCCAGAAAAAGCAGGCCCCUGACCCAGGGAACAAACAGCCUGAAACCACAAUCCUAUGUAUAUUUGCUCAGAAGUCCCAGGGAAGGUUUACUGGGUUUACUUCCAAGUAAGCGUGCAUAGACUUAGGAGCUGAAGGUACUUCUAAAGUUUUCUAAAGCAGAAAAAGUAGGAUCCCUGCUUUAUAAGGAUGUCAGGAGACUGCAUUAUCUAGCUGUCUUCAAUAUCUUUUUUUAAAAUCGCUUCUACAGUGGGUCUCUUUUUACUCUUGUUGAUUUAUUUUUAUGCAUCUUAGUUUUUGGUUAAAAUUUGGCACGAUGAAGAAAGAGAUGCCUAGGCAGGAAGUAUUCCUGCCAAGGCAGACGAAGUGAUUUCACAGAGUUCUCUCCAGCAAAUUUUACAGGAAAGCUAUGUAAGCCUUAGUCCCUUCAUGUGCCUCUCUGGCAAAACAUGAAUGGGUUUGAAUGCAAUAAUGUCCCACAGGUAGAUCCAUUAAGAUUAAUGGAUCUAAGUUAAUGAUGGAUCUAAGUUAACGAUGCCCCAAAACAGGUGAAAGUUGAGGCUAGAGAUUGCCGUGGUUGGAGAGUCUUUUGGCCAAUGAAUCUCCUGCUCUUUUUGCAAUUUUUUUUUAAAUAUUUCCCCCUUUGUCUCUUUGCAGGUGCCAUCUACAGCCUCUUGGUUUUGAAGGAGCCCAUUGCCAUGUGUGCCCCAGCCACUAUCUCCCUGGGUCUUCUGCUUCUCCUCAAUAUCCGGGGAAGAGGGAGACCCACCAAGUCAAAGUUUGAGUGAGGGGGUGUCGAACUGGAGAGGGCAGAAGGGGAGAGUUCGGAAAUGGCAGCAAAUCUCUUGUUGGCCCUUUUUUGUCUGUGUGCUUUCCACCCCUCCUCCCCUUGCUCGGUCCCUUUUAACUUGGUAUAAACUGGGUCCUGUGGGUGUAUGAUCCAGGGGGUGUUUGUGACCUUGAAAUCACCAUAGAUCGGGGGAUGAAGCCCCUUUUCAGCCCAGGGGCCACAUUCCCUCCUGGGUGACUUUCUGAGGGCCAUAUGCCAGUGGUGAACAGGGACCACAGGCAAAAGCGGGCACAGCAACAAAUGAAGUUUUUACCUUUGUACUAUAGGUUAAUUUCUACACACGCUCACAAUCCCUUCUUUACCCUCCAUCCAGACAAGCCAGAGACAAUUGUCAGACUUAAGGGACACAUUUCAAUCAGGCAAAAAUGGGUGUGAAGCAGAGCCAGUGAGGGCUGUGGGCGGGGUGGGGGCGCAACCAGCAGAGUCCUAAGGGUCCCUACUCCUGCUUUAAAUCGAUGGCAGCUAGACUUUGGGUCUUUCUCAGUUACCCUGUUCACCAGUGUUCUUUCCCAUCUUAGGCCUGGCGUAAGUGCUAAAUUAGCCGGGUGCUGCCUUAAUCUUUGAAUUUCAUAGCUUGGGGAAGCGGAGGAAGGAAAUGGAAGGGGAUGUGUGAAAUACAUUUUGGGUAAUCCUUGGGAGAAAAUAGAAGCACACUUAAAAGCAACAACACUUGGCACAGGGCAGUCCCUUUUUUGGCUCAGGGCAAACCAUUUCUGUGGGGUUCAUUGAGUGGCACUGAAGGAUUUUGUUGGCUACUAUGUGAGAGAAGCAGCUGCCCCUACCACUGAUCUGUGGUCUGUCUACUAAGAUACAGCUGCUUUCCUUUAAACAUCAGAUCAUUGGUCCGCCUAUCUCAGUAUUGUCUACACUGACUUGCAGUGGCUUUCAAGGAUUUCAGGUAGGACAUUCCCAGCCAGGAAUUGAACCUGGGACCUUCUGCAUCCCAGGCAGAGCCAUGGCCUUUCCCCCAGUAUUUGCCUGCUGGGAGAGUGGUUCUCAGCAAGCCUGCCUCUGGAAAGGGUGACAAAUGAUUUCCUGCACUUAUAUACUCUUUGGCAUUCAUGAUGAACGUGGGCUGGGGAGGAAGUUCGCCAGAAGAGGAAAAGCUCUCACCCUGCUGUGGACCUCUUAAGGUCCCACCAUCUCCCCUCUCCACCUGCCUGUCCACUGAGAUGGCCACCAGAGGCUCUUAUGCAGGAGAUCUUUCCCUCAGGGCAGGAAUAUGGGGACCAGCUGAGGCUCUCCAGCUGCAAUCCCCUUCACCCCAGUCCUUUUGCCAUGCUGGCUGGGGCUGAUGGGAGUUGAAGGCUAGAAAACAUCUCCAGCGCCACAGGUUCCUGCCCCUGUUCUAGAGAUUAGGCAUGAAAUGAGCAGAGGUUGGAUUUUUACUGUGGUUGCUUUCUGAUUAUCAGAGUCCUUUACUAGACAGGUGCACAAGGCACUGUAAUCUAAGAACCAGCCAAAGUCCAUCUUGUUUCAGUCAUUAUAUAUUUUUCUGGUGCUGGCUUUACUGAUCCGCUUUGGCAAUGUUUUUCUGUUUCUUUUGACUCCUUGGUGAUUAAAGUGUUGACUGAUUUUUAAAA